AGAUCUUCUUCCCUGAGCGGCGCUAUGGUUUUAUCGACUGCAAUGGCUUGGAUGUCUUUCUGCACCUCAGCGAUUGCGGGCAGCACACUCCACGUGUGGGUGACAUGGUCAAGUUCACCGUUGAGAGGCGGGCAUCCAACCCAAAACAACUUCAAGCCAAGUCCGUGCAGUUCGAUGGUCAUCAGACUUUCGUGCAGCAGAAUCAGAAGGGCGAGGUGAAGUCUGUCUCCAGCGGUCAUGGCUUCAUUGUGUCGGAUGCGGGAAGUGACGUCUUCUUCCGUAUGGCCAGUUGCAAUGGGAUGCCCAUGCCCGGGGAUGCUGUCACCUUCGAUGUGAAGUGGUCUGAAGUGCGACCAGGGAUGCUGGAGGCGGUGAACGUCUGUUCUGAACGAGCACCAGAUCGCCCUACAAGCCCUGUGUGGAAGGAGAAGCAUCCAGAGAUUGCUGUGGUCAAGGAGUUCGCAACGGUGGUCACGCAGCUGGCCGAGCGCGCCGAAGGGGCUGAAGCGGAGGUGAAGACGUUGGCCGAGAAGUUGGAAGCUGCAGAAAAAAGGAUCCAAGAAUUGACGACCGAAUUGGAGACUUUGAAAGGGCCGACGGAACAAACGCCUGAACGAACGAGAUAAUCAAAUCGAAAUUCCCAAAUUAUGCUUAGAAAA